AGGGCGGGGGGUGUGUGCACGCUCGAGCUUUCGGGCCACAGCCACCGCCGCGCUAGCUAGAAGCGCCCUAGCCCGGCAAGCUGGCUCACCCGCUGGCCACCCAGCACAGCCCGCUGGCCCCUCUCCUGCAGCCCAUCUGGCGGAGCGGCGGCGGCGGCGGCGGCGGCGGAGGCAGGAGGAUGGCUUCAGAACUGGCAAUGAACAAUUCCGACCUGCCCACCAGUCCCCUGGCCAUGGAAUAUGUUAAUGACUUCGAUCUGAUGAAGUUUGAAGUGAAAAAGGAACCGGUGGAGACCGACCGCAUCAUCAGCCAGUGCGGCCGUCUCAUCGCCGGGGGCUCGCUGUCCUCCACCCCCAUGAGCACGCCCUGCAGCUCGGUGCCCCCGUCCCCCAGCUUCUCGGCGCCCAGCCCGGGCUCGGGCAGCGAACAGAAGGCGCACCUGGAAGACUACUACUGGAUGACCGGCUACCCGCAGCAGCUCAACCCCGAAGCGCUGGGCUUCAGCCCGGAGGACGCGGUCGAGGCGCUCAUCAGCAACAGCCACCAGCUCCAGGGUGGCUUCGAUGGCUACGCGCGGGGAGCACAGCAGCUGGCCGCAGCGGCGGGUGCCGGCGCCGGCGCCUCCCUGGGCGGCAGCGGAGAGGAGAUGGGCCCCGCCGCCGCCGUGGUGUCCGCCGUGAUCGCCGCGGCCGCCGCGCAGAGCGGCGCGGCACCGCACUACCAUCACCACCACCACCAUACCACGGGGCACCACCACCACCCGACGGCCGGCGCCCCGGGAGCCGCGGGCAGCGCGUCCGCCUCUGCGGGCGGCGCGGGUGGCGCGGGCGGCGGUGGCCCAGCCAGUACCGGGGGCGGCGGCGGCGGCGGCGGCGGCGGGGGCGCGGCGGGGGCGGGGGGCGCCCUGCACCCGCACCAUGCCGCGGGAGGCCUGCACUUCGACGACCGCUUCUCGGACGAGCAGUUGGUGACCAUGUCGGUGCGCGAGCUGAACCGGCAGCUGCGCGGGGUCAGCAAGGAGGAGGUGAUCCGACUGAAGCAGAAGAGGCGGACCCUGAAAAACCGCGGCUAUGCCCAGUCCUGCCGCUUCAAGAGGGUGCAGCAGAGACACGUCCUGGAGUCGGAGAAGAACCAGCUGCUGCAGCAGGUCGACCACCUCAAGCAGGAGAUCUCCAGGCUGGUGCGCGAAAGGGACGCCUACAAGGAGAAAUACGAGAAGUUGGUGAGCAGCGGGUUCCGAGAAAACGGCUCCAGCAGCGACAACCCGUCCUCUCCCGAAUUUUUCAUGUACCCAAGGGACUCUUCUACAUCUGUGAUGUGAGCAAAGCAGUUGGCCGGAAUCAAACAGAGAAGACAUUCUGCUUAUUCGCCCCUUGUUGCGUGCACACAAGCAAGGUUUUAUUUUCUGA